CCAAUGUGCUGGAUCCACGUGUGAAACUCGGAUUUCAGUGACCAAUCACUAUGGCAACCACCAAGCACCGGCGGCGGCCUCGUGUACCGGGAGAGGCGGGGGAUACGGGGCCCGGAGCUCGGGAACCCGGGGAGAGGAGCGGCAUUAAGAAGAAGCGAACUCGCAUCCCAUCAUGGAGGUCUCCGCUAACGUGGGGCAUUCUGUGUAUGACGGCGGGAUUCUCUACGUGUUUUUUUCUAUGGAGUGAUAUAAACGGAGAUCCAGAGGUGACAGAGGUUCUGGCUGCCCAAUCAGAUGUUCUGGAUCGUAGGUUUUACAAGGUGCCCUGCUCAGAGGAUUACAAUAAACAGCAGAGAUUUCCAGGGUGCACUCCUACCAAAUGCGGACGAGCCGUUACUGACUUCGUCAUAACGCGCAAGGAGGCUGAGAAAAUACAAAGGAUAGCUCAGGCUGGCCUGGCCCUUGGAGGAUCUAACGGAGGGGCGUCAAUUCUGGACUUGCACUCUGGAGCUCUGUCAAUGGGGAAGAAUUUUGUGAAUCUAUACCGUGACGUAAGGCUGAAAAUCCAACAGGAGAUAGCCAGAAUGUUUGAGAUUGAUGCAACCUCCUUGUAUCUGACCAAACCCACCUUCUUCUCACGCAUGAACAGCUCAGUGGCAAAGACUCCCCAUGAUGAGUACUGGCAUCCACACAUCGAUAAGGUGACUUAUGGAUCGUUUGAUUACACCUCUUUGCUCUAUCUCUCUGACUAUUCCCAAGACUUUGGUGGUGGACGCUUUGUGUUUAUGGAUGAAGGAUCAAACAAGACUGUGGAACCCAGACUCGGUCGCCUGUCCUUCUUCACCUCAGGAUCAGAAAACCUCCACCGUGUUGAGAAAGUGAGCUGGGGCACCAGAUAUGCUAUUACCAUCUCAUUCACCUGUGACCCCAAACACGCCAUUGGGGACCCCACCAUGACUUGAUAAUGAUUCUGCUUAGACCACUGCCCAUUCGACAUCUGUUCCUGUUUCCAAAAUAUCUUAACGGGAUGUAAAGUGCAAAAAGAAAAAUGCUCUAUUUUGUUAGAACAUUUUAUUUUUCCAUGAAAGUACCCUACAAGAAAGCCCGUGAAUCUUGUUUCUUAUAUUUGUUUGUGUUUUCUGUUGGAUUAUUAGAAUUAGUAGAAAUACUACAAUAAUUAAAGGGACAUAAACGUCUAAAAAGAAAA